AUGACAGAUUUUUUAUAAAACUUUCUCAUAGGAGGGGUUUCAGCUGCAUGUUCAAAAACGGCCUUUGCACCAUUUGAGAGAGUUAAGCUACUACUUUAAACCUAAGAUGCCAUUUAAAAGGUGUAAAAUGGAUAAACAAAGAGAUAUAAUGGAAUCCUCGAUUGUUUCUCACGAAUAUCUAAAGAAGAGGUUAUUUAAAUGAUAAACUACUCAGGGACUAUCUGCGUUUUGGAGAGGAAACUUCGCAAACAUCAUUAGAUUUUUCCCUGCUCAAGCUUUAAGCUUUGCUCUAAAGGAUACAUACAAAUAUAUGUUUAACCAAUACGGUUUAUAAAAUAUAAUAUCUUUAAGAUCAAAAGAAAUAACCAAUUCGAUUUUUUAUUAGUAACAUCGCUGCAGGAAGCGCAGCUGGCGCCACUUCUUUGCUAUUAGUCUAUCCUUUAGAUUUUGCAAGAACAAGAUUGGCAGUAGAUAUUGGUAAGUAAGCUGACAGGUAAUUCACUGGUUUAACGGAUUGUUUGACUAAGAUUUAUAGGUUGGAUGGUUUUAUCGGAUUGUAUAGAGGUUUCGGAGUUACAGUUUUUGGUGUGAUGGUAUACAGAGCAAUAUAUUUUGGAGCUUAUGACACAGCCCUAAAGAUGUUUAAUCACUAAAAUCAUAUAUUUUAUCUAUUUCUUUUAGCUUAAUUUGUAGCAUGCACUGCUAGUAUCUUAUCGUAUCCCUUGGAUACAAUAAGAAGAAGGAUGAUGAUGCAAUCAGGUAAAUCUUUAAUAAUUAUCAAUUAAUAGGAAGAGUUGAUGUUCUUUAUGGAAAUAGUUUUGAUUGUUGUUUUAAAAUUAUUAAAAAUGAAGGAAUGAGAGGAUUUUUUAAAGGAUUUCUUUUAGAGUUCUCUUCUAAGUUAGGAUUCUCAUUAAUGCUAGCAUUUUAUUCUAGUAUAUAAUCGCAUACUAACUUGAAUUGA